AUGGGUACAAUAUUCUCUGAUGGUGUUCAUGUCUCCGAAAACUUUAUCACGAAUUUACGUACUGGAUUGAACGGCUUGACAAUAUUUUGUUGUGUAGUUGUUGUUAUCCUUCACAUCUAUUCAUACAAAAAUCCUAUCGAUUCCUUCAAAAAAAUUUUUAACAAAAUAUUUGUUCCUACUGCUGUGCGAGAGGUUCUGGUCUGUCAAAUGGGAAAGAUUGAAAACCAAGCCCAGUUAUCGUCGACACUUACUCAAUUGUAUCAAGUUAAUGAUCAGCUCACUCAUAUCAAACCUGCACGAUAUUUCUAUUUACUUAUUUUUCCCAUGCAACUAUACAUUAUGUUUCUCAUUUUCGAAAGUAAAAUCAUAACGGAGCAAGAAACGCCCAUUGGUACGAUCAACUCGACAGUUUCUCUUACAGACCAAAGAAAAUAUUAUCGCUGUUUCAAUAAUACUGCCAUGUGUACUUCAUACAUAUUUAAAACAGAAAACGUGAUAGAUACAGUAACAAAUCUAAUCGCUUGGUGGCAGGGACUCUGUGCUGUAAUAAACAAAAUGAUCUCAUUAUCUCACAAUAAUGUAAUGAAAAAAUAUUACUCAAACAAAAGUAUACCGUCGCAGAACAGGAUUCAUUUCUAUCGGUUUAUGGCUUGGUUUGCUUUAUUCCUAUUUAUUGUUUACAUAGCAACCGACAUUGGAACGGAUAUUGGUUCCACCUGGUUUCCCUUGGUUUUAUCGCUUAUACUUCUAUGUGUUGCCGGAUUGAGUGCUGGAGCUGAACAUCAUCAAAAUAAGGCAGAAAAUAAUGAUUUUGAAAUGAAAAAUACGGCAGCUUAUUUAAAACAAUUAAAUGAAGCUCAACCUGUUCUAAUUGUUAAAGAAAAACUUCAAGAAACUUCCGAUCAUUCUAAAUCGACAGGGAUUCAUCAGAGACAAUCAUCUAAAGUAGCACCAGUAAUCAGUGAAAGUUUGAAAACCUAG